UACUUUUUUCGUAAACAAAAGGGGGAAAAUAUCUUUCAUGUCAAAAGUGCUUCAUGUCAACCAUACCAAGUUGAAUGUUGUUACAUUUCAAUCAUGCAAUGGUUUACUUGAACUGAAUUAAUGUAACACUUAAUUCAAUACGAAAGGAAAUGAAUUUCUGUCAGUGAAAACAUAUUUUCAGGUAAAGGCGAUCGCGAGUGUAACUUGCAAGUUGAUCAGCGCCAUGGGAGCUAAGGACUCUAAGCCUCAAGUCAUCAGCUACGAAGAAGCCGCCAAGCGCGUGAACAAUGUUGAACUCAAACGACUAAAGGAUACAUUCGGCAAAUAUUCAACCCCAAAUGGAUUACUCCAGCAAAGCAUUUUUCUCUCAGAAAUUAUUGGUGACACAGUCCCAAACAACUUAGCAGAUCUUAUUUACACAGCAUGGGGUGGAACUACAAAGGGUAUCAAUUUCAAAGAUCUCCUGAGUGGAUUAGUUCUUCUCACGAGGGGCCAUCAAGAUGAGAAGUGCCGAUUUAUAUUCAGUCUGUAUGCUAAAGACAUAAACAGUGUAGUGACCAAAGAUGAUGUAAUUAACUACACCACCAAGUACUCUGAUGGAUGGAAUCUAGAAAACAUAUCCAACCUAUUUGAUGAGGCUGAGGCAGUAAACUAUUCCAAAUUUCGCGAAUGGCUAAUUUCAUAUCCUAGCGCUACAUCUCUAACUGAGUGGCUGUUGAGUGAUCCUUGCCCUGUAACUCUCUCGAACGAUCUCGAGACCCCAACAUUUUACCAAACAUUGUCUGGUGUCACUCAUUUGGAUGAACAAGAGAUUAUAGACCUUGAGAAAAAAUACUGGCAGCUAAAAAAUCUGUCCUCAAAUGGGAAGUUUGAUAUUCAACUUUUCCUUUCUUUCGCUUCGGCCCCGAUCAGUACAAACAGUGAAGAUGAUGACUCCACAUUCUCCAUCGCCCGGGGACUGUUUUCUGCUUUCGAUGAAAACUGUGAUGGGCACUUGGACUUUAAGGAAAUUGUCUGCGGAAUUUCGGCUGCAUGCCGAGGACCCUUAGUGGAAAGAAUAAAAUUUUGCUUCAAAAUUUUUGAUUUUGACCGCGAUGGAGUUUUCAGUCAUUCGGAAGUUACCCAAUUGAUCGAAAGCCUAAAACGACUUGCUGUAGAACAGUUUCCUGAGAAUAACAGUGACGCCGAUUUAUUGGAAAUAUCCGACCUUAUUGCUAAUGAAAUGGAAUCUGUUGAUCUUGAAUCAUUUUUAAUGUGGGCGGUGAAGCGAAACGCAUUAGAACACCUUCUUGAUAUGUUGCACCAGCUGUGUCACGUCGUACUCGGACUGCGCCCCGGCUCGCGGAUCGAAGAAGGAAAGCUGAUUCAAAACUGGCUGAGACGUGAAGUUAAACGCGGUUAUCGUGUUGGAGAAUUUUGGUACCUCAUAUCAAGCGUUUGGUGGAAACAGUGGUCAGACUAUGUCGCUAACCAGGACGACUCAAGCAAAAAUCCAACUAGUAACGUACCUCUUAGAAACAAUACUUCAGAUUCUGGAAGUGAUGUGGGCACUGUAGUUAGACCAAGGGCCAUUGACAACACGUGUUUGGUGGCAACUUCAACAGUAAAGGCUACUGUUUUAACGGGGGAAGGAGGACGACUCCGACGAGAAUUAGAAAAAGGCAAAGAUUACGAAGUAGUUCCGGAGGCAAUCUGGAAAGCAUUGUCAGCAUGGUAUGGAGGAAGCCCAGCAUUGCCGAGACAGGCUGUCCAAUUCACAGACUCUGGUCCAGUUGAGUUAGAAUUAUAUCCGUUGUUGCUUCGUCUUCUAAGACACAGUUCGACGACCAAUGAUAACGGACCAGCUUGGAAUGGCCAAUCUUGGAAUAGCAUUGUUGGGGGCUAUGGUGCAGCAGCUCUUGCAGGCGGAUACGGCUAUUUUCCAUCUGCUACACAGCAGACUCCCCGUCGUUAUCUAGCCUACGUUGCAGCAUUUAGUCAAUUAGCCACAGUCAGCCAGACAUACGAAUAUCUUUGCGGAAGACUGCGCCUCAAAUUUGAUGAUGUCCGACUGUGGCUCAUGAAAGACGAUCAUUGCCUGGUCUUGUUGGAAGACGAAAAUGCUACGCUUGCCUCACUUUCGUGCCGCGACAAUGACCAACUUCUUAUUGAAGUGCGUAACAAAGAUUUAACAUGGCCGGAAGAAAUGGUUUCUCUUUCUGGCCAGAGCGGUGACAAAUAUCGCCAAGCUCUGCCUAGUGAGAAGGGUGCGACUGGCUUGAAUAAUUUAGGCAAUACUUGUUUCAUGAACGCUUCCCUGCAAUGCGUAAGCAAUACGCAAGCUUUGACUCAAUACUUCACGUCUAGUAUGCAUCUUCUUGAGCUAAACAGAGACAACCCUCUUGGAAUGAAAGGAAACAUUGCCAAGGAUUAUGGGGAUUUGAUUCGCGAUAUUUGGAAAGGCAAAUCUCGAACUAUUGCCCCGCUACGCUUAAGAUGGACAAUCGGCAAAUACGCUCCAAGGUUUAACGGUUAUCAGCAACACGAUGCUCAGGAACUUUUAGCUUUCCUUCUUGAUGGUCUUCACGAAGAUCUAAACCGAGUUCACGACAAGCCUUACGUUGAACUGAGCGACAGCGAAGGCCGUCCGGAUGUCGUUGUAGCUCAAGAGGCAUGGGAGAAUCACCUUCUACGGAACCGCUCCAUUGUUGUCGAACUCUUCCAUGGUCAACUUAAAUCGAAAGUCACCUGCGGAGUAUGUCAACGUGAAAGUGUACGCUUCGAUCCUUUUAACUAUUUGUCACUACCUCUACCUCUUGAAAGCUACGUUCACGUUGAAGUCGUCGUUCUUCGGUUGGAUGGAUCGGUGCCAGUCAAAUAUGGUCUUCGUUUACCAAUGGAUGCUACGUAUCUCUUACUUAAAGAAAGAUUAGCCUCCUUAUGUCAAAUAUCUCCCGAUCACCUUUUAUUUGCAGAAGUAUCUGGAGCAAUGAUUAAGACGUUUCCGGGGCUCAACAACAAGGUUCGACCGACGUCUGGAUUAGCCUUAUUCGCGUACCAGGUGCUGAGUUCUACUGAAGUGAUCCAAUUUCUGCCGACGAAUGGCGGCAACAUCGGUGUUCCAGACAGUGGAGUCAAAGAUGCCAAUCGAAAUAACAAUAAAAUAGGCCAUCACUCCAGUAAUCAAAUAGCAAAAGUCAUUGACAAGGGAGGGGACACCAACGCCACCACCAACAGCUCGGAGGUAAGACGACCCGUCGGUAUCUGCAUGAACGUGAUGAGCACCGUAUUCUGUAGAAAGAACGGUCUCUCUCCUGGACAAGAAUCCCUGCCGCAGAGAUCGACCAAUGUUACACAGCAGCCAGUAACAAAUGGGGGAACUAAUGAUGAACGCAACGGCGAUCGUUCGAGUUUGGCCAGUACCAGCAGUGGCAGUGGUGGAUUAGGAAGUCCAGUUAGUUUGACGAGUAACAAUAGCAGUACUCAAGAACUAAACGGCUCUUUGGGAAUGGGAGCCUCAUUUUUGGUUGUCUAUCAUCGGAAAAUGAUACGACAAGAUCUCUAUUUCGUCUCCCCACAUAAAACGCGACCUAGUCUCUUCGGUUUACCACUGUUGGUUCCCUUAGCAUGGAGAACAGAUGGAGUCCCAUCUUCAGCGGAUGAACGAAACAGAAUGUUAGUCCUACAAACGACGAGCCAAGACUUGUAUCGGUGUGUGUGGACGCUGGUGUCUAGGCUGGUCUCGCCUUCUCCCCCUACUGACAGUGGCACACUUCCAAAUCACGCCCAUGACUGCGAUGAUAGUCUGGGCUACGAGUUCCCUUUCACCCUAAAAGUUGUACAGGCCAAUGGAAUCCAUUGUGGUAUUUGUCCAUGGACCAAAUUCUGUAAAGGAUGCCCGCUGGCUCCAACGCCUGACCCCCUACCGAAUGGUAGCGAGACCAAUUCGUCCUAUAUCGAGGGCGUCCUUAAUUAUUGCAUCGCGGUUGAUUGGGAACCGACCGCUCUUCAUCUCCGGUAUCAGACAUCGCUUGAAAAAGUAUUUGACGAAGAUCCCAGUGUGGCCAAAGCCCUUCACCAACAAACAGAACCAGUCAGCCUAGAGCAAUGCUUGCAAGCUUUCACGCGAGAAGAGCAACUCUCAGGAGAUGAGAAGUACUACUGUCCUAAAUGCGCCACCCACCAACCAGCCACCAAAAAGCUACAAAUCUGGAGAUUACCCCCAAUACUGAUUGUUCAUCUGAAACGAUUCCAGUUCGUCAACCAUCGUUGGAUUAAGUCCCACAAGGCUGUUCAGUUUCCACAUAACAAUUUGGAUUUCACCGAAUUCUUAGCAGCAAUUCCUAGCGAAACGCUAGUCCGCCAUCGACAAAUGGCUUCUUCCGUGCUUCCGAACGGGGUGGCAGAAUCCAGCAAGGACGAAUCAAAUGAUAUUUCACCUAAACAUUCCAUUUCCUCGUCCGUCCCAUAUUCCAACGGGCAUCCACCAAAUAUUAGGGAAGUGAUCAACGGCAACGAAUCGACCAGGAAGCGACUCGAAUCCACUUCGCUCAUGACUCAUCCGGUUCACGAUGAAGAUCUUAUUGAUUUUCACCAACACCGACUUCUUCCAGGCUACAAUAAGCUGGAUAUAACUUACAGCCUCUACGCCGCUGUGUGUCACUCGGGUAUUAUGGGAGGAGGCCAUUACAUUUCCUAUGCCAAGAAUCCCAACGGUAAAUGGUUCUACUACAAUGACUCUACGUGCAAGGAAUCGUCAGCAAAUCAGAUAGAAGGCCAGACAGCGUACAUGCUGUUUUUUGAGAGAGAUGGCAUUGACAUGAAGGCUUACCUCCCAAAAUUGCGCGAGCCGAGCACAAGUUCGGCUGAAAGCGCCAACAGUGACUCUGCAGCGGGAAAAGUGACAGCGGCAAUCAACGGGUUAGAAGAAGAGGACGGUAAAAAGUGCUGCAUCAUGUAAUGCAUUCGUGACGUAUUCAGCCCCGUAUAUUUCAGUUUUUAUUAACGAGUUUCACCUCAAAAGAGCAAAAUGGUAUGCUUAAGAUCGCGCUCUAGUCACUCGCAAAGGUCAAACUUUCCACUAGUAAAUGAUGGAUAAAUAGGUUCGUUUUUGGUGUCAUUUCAAUAAUGAUGGUCAAUCACAUAGAAAAUUCUGUUUGUAGAGAGUUCAAAUGUAGUUGGUUACUACCUUAUUUACCUUUAUAAUGAUCCAUUGAGAGGUAGUUGUUGCUUGUUGUUUGUUUUUGUGCCUUUGUUCCCAGUGUAUCAAAACGCGUGUUUACAUAUAUUGCGGUGCAAAUAACUCAUGAAAAAUCCCAACAGGUAUGAACGUGUGAUUGACGACACGAAAGCUUUGUUUCCUUUAUAUUCAAACUAUUUCGCUAGACUGACAAAAGCAGUUGACUUCAUUCCAGUCUGUAAUGCUCCAUUAAGUCCAUUUCAAAUGUUUUGCUUUGCGGGAUGUAGGUAUGUUCAGAUAUGUCUGCAGCCCGUGUGUCCUUUUCUUGUUCUGUAAAUGAAUGCAUGUAUAAUAGUUAUUACCUCUGCAAAAUAAUCCGUGAUUUUACGCGUUUCCCCCGUGCAAUUUCAAAUAAUAAUAAUAAUACGUUUAUAUACAUGUACACUGAUAAUAUUUGUCUAUCAAUGUUGUGAUUGGCUCCUAUAUUUUAAAGAACUACAAAGGACAUUUACCUGG